AAUUCGAUACUGCGACGGUGAACAACUAAAAACGGAAAAAUUAAAAAGUUUAAAAUGAUGUCGACCUAAAAACGCGCAUAAUUGAGAAAUAAGAAAUAAAGCAAAAAUAAAAAAAGAAAAGAAAAAAAAAACGUAAUAAAUACGCGGUAUAUAGUUAACUAAAACAUAAAGAUCUAAAGCAUUUAAAACUAAAAUAAAUGUUAAAAAAAUACAUGCCAACAGAAAAAAAUAAACGGCCCACACAAAAAGUUCAAUAUAAUUUUAAUAAAAAUAACUUAUAGCCACAUUUGUGCAUAAAAAAUUUUGUUGAUUAUUACCCAUAUUUUGUAAAUUCUUUUUAAAUUUGUUAAAAAAACUUUAAAAGUGAUUUCAUAAAUAUUUUUUUUUUAUAAAACUAAGAAAUAUUUUGUCAAAAGUUUGCGUGGUUAUAACAAAAAACAAACCAAAUGUUAACAAGAGCGUAAAAUAAAUUAUAUAUUUAACAACAGCAACAAUAACAUCAAUAAUUUUAACAAUAAUAAAAUGUUUAAAAUGUUAUAUUUAAAGUGCUUAAUAUUGUCAACACUACUGGUGCAUUUAAAUUCUGCUCAAGGUUUAUAUUCCAUUAUUGCGCCCAAUACUAUAAGGCCAAAUACACAGUAUCAUGUAGCCGUAAGCAUACACAAAGCGCCCGAACCGGCCAAAGUAAAGGUUGGUAUAAUCGGCAGUGCCUAUAGCGACUUUAAAACGGUCGAAGUCAGACCAUAUUCAACUGAAAUGGUACAUUUUGAGAUACCGUCCUUAAAGAGAGACCGUUAUAACCUUACCGCUGAGGGUCUGACGGGUAUACGCUUUACCAAUGAGACUCAAUUAAAUUUUGAUGCUAAACAAUUUACGGUUAUGGUGCAGUCAGAUAAGGCCAUUUAUAAACCACAAGAUAUAGUGCACUAUCGUGUCCUAAUAAUGGAUGCCAAUUUAAAACCAGCAUUAAAUUAUGGAAAUGUUAAUAUAGCUAUAAAAGAUGGUGGUAAUAAUGUUAUAAGGAAAUAUACAAAUGUCAAAUUAACAAGUGGUGUUUAUGCCAAUGAUCUGCAAUUGUCGGAUUAUCCUAAAUUUGGCGAAUGGUCGGUAGAAGUUGAGGUUAUGGAUGAAACCUAUAAAAGAACUUUUGAAGUGGUAGAGUAUAUAUUGCCGAAAUUUGUAGUGGAUAUCGAUACGGAUAAGCAUGUGAUCUAUAAGGAUGGUAAAAUUAGAGCUGUAGUUAAAGCUUAUUAUGCCUUUGGCAAACCUAUUGUGGGUGAAGCCACUCUCUCUAUUUAUCCCACCUUUUUUGGUUCUUUGCAACCUUUUGUCAAUGAUUUAAUUACCCGCAAAGUAGUGCCCAUUGAUGGUAGUGCUUAUUUUGAAUUUGACAUUAGAGAUGAAUUAAAAUUGAAAGAAGACUAUGAACGUGAAUAUCUGUUAGAUGCUUUGGUAGAAGAAACAUCAACCAGUUCAGUGCAGAACUUUUCAACUGUUAUAACAGUACAUUUGGAUGCAUAUCGUGUAGAGGCAACUAAAUUGCCCAGUAAUUAUAUACCUGGUGUGCCAUUUGAAGUUUCGGCUAAAGUUUUGCGUAAUGAUGGUGCUAUGAUGAAGGACUUUAAGCCCGACUUGACUGCCUAUUUAACGAAUGUUUAUGGUAGCAGCGAAAUGUAUAAUAAAACAGUUUAUACCUUAGAUACUCGUUCAGAAGUUAAAAUGAAAUUUACAGUUCCUGUGGGAGACAAGGAUGAAUAUCAUUCCGUUAUUGUAGACUAUCAAGGUAUUAUAACUGAUAUUGGCAAAGUACCACGUAAACAUUUGCAUAGCAAAAAUUUCAUCACCGCCAAGAUUUUGAAUGACAAACCAAUGGUGAAUCAAGAAAUUACCAUCGCUGUACGUUGCAGUGAACCCAUGAAAUAUUUUAUUUAUCAAAUUGUUGGACGAGGUGAUAUUUUACUAUCACGUGCAGUAGAUGUUGAUGAUAACUCAUAUCAUACCUUCAAAUUUCUAUCUACGUUUGCUAUGAUGCCCCGGGCUAAACUUUUGGUUUAUAUGGUUAUCAACGGUGAAUUCGUGUAUGACGAACAAAUCAUAGAAUUGGAGGAAAAUCUUCUAAACAAUGUUCAACUAGAGGCACCAUUGAGAGCUCCACCAGGCCAGGAUAUUGAUAUAACGAUUAGUUCGAAACCUUACAAUUAUAUUGGUUUAAUGGUGGUCGAUCAGAAUGCCUUGAAUAUUCGUAAAGGAAAUGAUCUCUCUACAUCCAAUCUAAUGAGAGCACUUAAUCAAUACGAACUCCAUGACUAUAACACACCCAUCGGAUCGCCCGGUAAAGAAUCUGGGGUUAUUACCAUGUCCAAUACUGAUUUCAUCAUAGAAAAGGAACCCGAAACUACACCUGCAUUGGGUAGAGCUAUUAUGGACGAUGAACAUAAACUUACCACAAUACGUAAAACAGAUAUAGGGCCAGCUCAUGCUAUAGAAACGAAUACUUUGGCACCAGGCAAAGGUCGUUACGCAUUUUCCUAUACACCAAAACCCUUCUGGCAUAAUCCACGUAUACAUGUUAUGCAUCCUCCUGCGGAUACGUGGAUUUUUAUGAAUGUCUCUGCUAGUAGUGAGGGUAAGACGACUAUUCACAGAAGACUGCCCAGUUCAAUGACAUCAUGGGUUGUUUCGGCAUUUGCUUUGGAUCCGGUACAGGGUAUUGGUCUAACGUCACCUACUAAAAUGAUGCAAACUUUUAAAGAGUUUUAUAUAACCACGGAAUUGCCUUACUCUAUAAGACUUGGUGAAACCAUUGCUGUACCAUUUGUGGUUUUUAACAACAAGGAUAGUGAUUUAGAUGUGGAUGUUAAAUUAUACAAUACGGCACAAGAGUUUGAUUUCCCACAAAUUGAUAGCAAGGCUCAACCUAAACCAAAAAUCGAACUUUACAGCCGUCGCACGGUACGAGUUUUGGCGAAAUCAUCGAAAUCCGUUUCAUUUAUUAUUACACCCAAACGUGUGGGUCCUAUAACAAUAAAAGCUGUUGCCUCCAAUCAAUUGGCUGGCGAUUCUAUAGAAUCUAUUCUUUUGGUAGAACAUCCAGGUGCCACUGAAAUUGUUAACAAAGGCUUCCUAUUCGAAAUGGGUUCAAGUGUUCAACGCAAAGCUAAUGUUUCCAUUCGCAUUCCUCGCAAUUCUAUAGCCGAUUCGGCUAAAAUUGAAAUAUCCGCUGUUGGCGAUGUUGUUGGCAGUAUAUUGGGCAAUUUGGAGAAUUUGAUUAGAUUGCCAUCGGGUUGUGGCGAGCAAACGAUGAUACAAUUUAUGCCCAACAUAAUGGUGUUGAAAUAUUUACAGCGUACUCGCCAAUUAUCACCCUCCAUAGAAAUGCGUGCGAAAAAGAAUUUGGAAUUAGGUUAUCAGCGUCUUCUCUAUUAUCGUCACAAAAAUGGCGGUUUCAGUGCUUUUGGUCUCAGCGAAGAGAAGAGUUCAACAUGGUUGACGGCAUAUGUAGCGAAAGCUUUUCGCAUGGCCAGCGAAUUUAUACAAAUCGAUGAUGAAAUAAUUGCAACAGCAUUGGAAUAUGUUGUAGGCAAACAGGCGGCAAGUGGAGGUUUCGAAGAACAAGGAGAUAUUUUCGAACAAUACGAUGAUCAAGGUUUGAGUUUAAGUGCUUUUGUAACUCUGGCUUUAAUGGAGAAUGUGAAUACCAAUCCUGAGUAUAAAAAUAAUAUCAAUAAAGCUUUGGACUUUAUAACACGCACCUUAGAUGGUUCAGAUAAUUUACAUGCUAUGGCUAUAGGCACUUAUGUAUUGGCUAAAGCUAAUCAUGAUGCUAAAGUGGCUUUUGUGCAAAGAUUAGAUGCCAUGGCGGUAAAUGAAGAUGGCCUUAAAUGGUGGAAUAAAACUGCUUCUCCUACUGAAGCUAUGUCACCCUGGUACAAUAUGACUCGCAGCGUCAAUGUGGAAAUUACCUCUUAUGCCGUUUUGUCCCUUUUGGAGAAUAACUUAAUUGGUGAUGCUUUGCCAGUUCUCAAAUGGUUAAUGAAUCAACGUAAUGAUUUGGGUGGUUUUGUCAGCUCUCAAGAUUCUGUGGUGGGCUUACAGGCUUUAGUAUCAUUUGCCGAAAGAUUUUCAAGUCAAGCUAAUAAUUUACAAUUGUUGUUUAAUUAUGGUGAAAAUGCUGAAACUGUUCUAAAUGUUAACGCUCAAAAUUCUUUGGUUCUACAAACUAUAGAGUUGCCCAACAAUUUGAAAAAUCUUACGGUUUCAGCUACCGGUAAUGGUUUGGCUUUGGCCCAAGUGACUUAUCGUUAUAAUACGAACGUCACUAGUGCUUGGCCUCGUUUUGUAUUGGAUCCAACUGUGAAUAGAAAUUCUCAUUCAGAUUAUUUACAUUUGUCGGCGUGUGCCAGCUUCGUACCCACGGAAGGUGAUUCAAAUCGUUCCAAUAUGGCUGUUAUGGAAAUUUAUUUGCCCAGUGGUUUUGUUGUGGAUACUGAUACUUUGCCAACAUUAGAGUCCAGUGAUCGAAUUAAGAAAGUGGAAACCCAAAAACGUAAUACCGUAGUUAUAAUUUACUUCGAUUAUUUGGAUCGUAGAGAAGUAUGUCCCACUUUACAUGCCUACAAAGUGGUUAAAGUAACAAAUCACAAGCCAGUGCCUGUAAUAAUGUAUGACUACUAUGACAAUGUACGAAGAGCUAGACAAUUCUAUAGAGCUCCAAAGUCAAAUAUAUGUGACAUUUGCGAGCAUGCCAAUUGCGGGACAUUGUGCGAAAAAGCCGAAAAGCGUGAAUCUCGUAAAUUAGAUACUAAUGAAUUACUUGAAGAACGCAGUUCAGCCAAAUUAAAUGCUGUAAAUACAAUUGUAAUGUUAUUAGUUGUUGUACUAUUUAAAAUAAUUAAUUAAUAAGAAUGUAAUACUAUGGCCCAAUAUAUUUUAGUUAUAAAAAUAAACUUGUACUCACUUGAAUAAAAAAAAAAAAACGAUACCGCCCCUUAAUAAAGCUUUAACAAUCAAUAAUUAACCAUAUAAAUUGUUAUUAUAAAUAAUAAAUCAUAAUGUAUGCAUCUGUAUUUAAAAAAAAUUGUGUAUUAAUGAGAAAAUUUUGUACAAUUUAAUGAAAUUUUAUGUAAAAUAUGAAAAAAGUGUAAAAAACCUUAUAAAAUCGAUAAU